AUGGUACUGGGGGCCAGUGUAAGUAACUGUUACCGGAAGACGCCCAAAGUACCCUGUGAAGCAAAAGCUCGUAACCAGAACUACUCUAACGCAAGCCCGCUUAAGGGAGGGNUUAGUCAGCGUACAACCCUUAUCACACAUCAGAGACUCCACACAGGAGAGACACCCUACAUGUGCUCUGAGUGCGGAAAAAGCUUUAAUCACAGCUCUGCCCUGAGCAAACAUAGGAGAAUCCACACAGGUGAGAAACCUUAUGGAUGCUCUGAGUGUGGGAACAGCUUUAGUCAGCGUUCACACCUUAUCUCACAUCAGAGAACCCACACUGGAGAGACGCCCUACACGUGCUCUGAGUGUGGGAAAAGCUUUAUUCACAGCUUUUCCCUGAGCGCACACAGAAGAAUCCAUACGGGUGAGAAACGUUAUGGAUGCGCUGAGUGCGGGAAAAGCUUUAGUCAAUGUUCACACCUUAUCAGACAUGAGAGAAUCCACAGCGGAGAGACGCCCUACACAUGCUCCGAGUGUGGGAAAAGCUUCAAUCAGCGCUCACACCUUAUCGGACAUCGGAGAAUCCACACAGGAGAGAAGCCCUACACAUGCUCCGACUGUGGGAAAAGCUUUAAUCACAGCUCUGCUCUGAGUAAACAUCAGAGAAUCCACACGGGUGAGAAACCUUAUGGAUGUUCUGAGUGCGGGAAGAGCUUUAGUCAGCGUACAACCCUUAUCACACAUCAGAGACUCCACACAGGAGAGACACCCUACAUGUGCUCUGAGUGCGGAAAAAGCUUUAAUCACAGCUCUGCCCUGAGCAAACAUAGGAGAAUCCACACAGGUGAGAAACCUUAUGGAUGCUCUGAGUGUGGGAACAGCUUUAGUCAGCGUUCACACCUUAUCUCACAUCAGAGAACCCACACUGGAGAGACGCCCUACACGUGCUCUGAGUGUGGGAAAAGCUUUAUUCACAGCUUUUCCCUGAGCGCACACAGAAGAAUCCAUACGGGUGAGAAACGUUAUGGAUGCGCUGAGUGCGGGAAAAGCUUUAGUCAAUGUUCACACCUUAUCAGACAUGAGAGAAUCCACAGCGGAGAGACGCCCUACACAUGCUCCGAGUGUGGGAAAAGCUUCAAUCAGCGCUCACACCUUAUCGGACAUCGGAGAAUCCACACAGGAGAGAAGCCCUACACAUGCUCCGACUGUGGGAAAAGCUUUAAUCACAGCUCUGCUCUGAGUAAACAUCAGAGAAUCCACACGGGUGAGAAACCUUAUGGAUGUUCUGAGUGCGGGAAGAGCUUUAGUCAGCGUACAACCCUUAUCACACAUCAGAGACUCCACACAGGAGAGACACCCUACAUGUGCUCUGAGUGCGGAAAAAGCUUUAAUCACAGCUCUGCCCUGAGCAAACAUAGGAGAAUCCACACAGGUGAGAAACCUUAUGGAUGCUCUGAGUGUGGGAACAGCUUUAGUCAGCGUUCACACCUUAUCUCACAUCAGAGAACCCACACUGGAGAGACGCCCUACACGUGCUCUGAGUGUGGGAAAAGCUUUAUUCACAGCUUUUCCCUGAGCGCACACAGAAGAAUCCAUACGGGUGAGAAACGUUAUGGAUGCGCUGAGUGCGGGAAAAGCUUUAGUCAAUGUUCACACCUUAUCAGACAUGAGAGAAUCCACAGCGGAGAGACGCCCUACACAUGCUCCGAGUGUGGGAAAAGCUUCAAUCAGCGCUCACACCUUAUCGGACAUCGGAGAAUCCACACAGGAGAGAAGCCCUACACAUGCUCCGACUGUGGGAAAAGCUUUAAUCACAGCUCUGCUCUGAGUAAACAUCAGAGAAUCCACACGGGUGAGAAACCUUAUGGAUGUUCUGAGUGCGGGAAGAGCUUUAGUCAGCGUACAACCCUUAUCACACAUCAGAGACUCCACACAGGAGAGACACCCUACAUGUGCUCUGAGUGCGGAAAAAGCUUUAAUCACAGCUCUGCCCUGAGCAAACAUAGGAGAAUCCACACAGGUGAGAAACCUUAUGGAUGCUCUGAGUGUGGGAACAGCUUUAGUCAGCGUUCACACCUUAUCUCACAUCAGAGAACCCACACUGGAGAGACGCCCUACACGUGCUCUGAGUGUGGGAAAAGCUUUAUUCACAGCUUUUCCCUGAGCGCACACAGAAGAAUCCAUACGGGUGAGAAACGUUAUGGAUGCGCUGAGUGCGGGAAAAGCUUUAGUCAAUGUUCACACCUUAUCAGACAUGAGAGAAUCCACAGCGGAGAGACGCCCUACACAUGCUCCGAGUGUGGGAAAAGCUUCAAUCAGCGCUCACACCUUAUCGGACAUCGGAGAAUCCACACAGGAGAGAAGCCCUACACAUGCUCCGACUGUGGGAAAAGCUUUAAUCACAGCUCUGCUCUGAGUAAACAUCAGAGAAUCCACACGGGUGAGAAACCUUAUGGAUGUUCUGAGUGCGGGAAGAGCUUUAGUCAGCGUACAACCCUUAUCACACAUCAGAGACUCCACACAGGAGAGACACCCUACAUGUGCUCUGAGUGCGGAAAAAGCUUUAAUCACAGCUCUGCCCUGAGCAAACAUAGGAGAAUCCACACAGGUGAGAAACCUUAUGGAUGCUCUGAGUGUGGGAACAGCUUUAGUCAGCGUUCACACCUUAUCUCACAUCAGAGAACCCACACUGGAGAGACGCCCUACACGUGCUCUGAGUGUGGGAAAAGCUUUAUUCACAGCUUUUCCCUGAGCGCACACAGAAGAAUCCAUACGGGUGAGAAACGUUAUGGAUGCGCUGAGUGCGGGAAAAGCUUUAGUCAAUGUUCACACCUUAUCAGACAUGAGAGAAUCCACAGCGGAGAGACGCCCUACACAUGCUCCGAGUGUGGGAAAAGCUUCAAUCAGCGCUCACACCUUAUCGGACAUCGGAGAAUCCACACAGGAGAGAAGCCCUACACAUGCUCCGACUGUGGGAAAAGCUUUAAUCACAGCUCUGCUCUGAGUAAACAUCAGAGAAUCCACACGGGUGAGAAACCUUAUGGAUGUUCUGAGUGCGGGAAGAGCUUUAGUCAGCGUACAACCCUUAUCACACAUCAGAGACUCCACACAGGAGAGACACCCUACAUGUGCUCUGAGUGCGGAAAAAGCUUUAAUCACAGCUCUGCCCUGAGCAAACAUAGGAGAAUCCACACAGGUGAGAAACCUUAUGGAUGCUCUGAGUGUGGGAACAGCUUUAGUCAGCGUUCACACCUUAUCUCACAUCAGAGAACCCACACUGGAGAGACGCCCUACACGUGCUCUGAGUGUGGGAAAAGCUUUAUUCACAGCUUUUCCCUGAGCGCACACAGAAGAAUCCAUACGGGUGAGAAACGUUAUGGAUGCGCUGAGUGCGGGAAAAGCUUUAGUCAAUGUUCACACCUUAUCAGACAUGAGAGAAUCCACAGCGGAGAGACGCCCUACACAUGCUCCGAGUGUGGGAAAAGCUUCAAUCAGCGCUCACACCUUAUCGGACAUCGGAGAAUCCACACAGGAGAGAAGCCCUACACAUGCUCCGACUGUGGGAAAAGCUUCAAUCGGAGCUCUAACCUGAGCACACAUCGGAGAAUCCACACAGGUGAGAAAACUUAUGGAUGUUCUUAGUGCAGGAAAAGAUUCAAAAAGAGCUCACACCUUAUUAGACAUCG